AUGGUUGCUCCUGUGGAGACGAGAGAGUUCUACAAAGCUGAGGAACAUGCACAAUAUCUCCGCGGUUUCGUCACAGGAAUCCGACGACGGCUUGACUCCGGAGUCGGUGACGAACUCUUCGAGAAGUAUCGAGCCCUCGAGCACGACAAUCAAGGCCAGUACCGAACCAUUGUGGUCGGCGCCUUGAUGAUGCGUGCUGGAGCCAAGAUCAAGGCAGACGACAUGCAGCAUCUACGCAGCCUCCCGGGAACGCCUCGAGACUUUCACGAGCCAAGCUGCUUCCAUUGCGGCAAGAUUCACGCAGACGACAGAAUUAACCUGAAGAAGUGCGGUCAUUGCCAGGCCGCCUGGUACUGCGGCAUCGACUGUCAGAAGACCCAUCGCAAGAUCCACAAGGCUUCGUGCAAGGAAAUUUGGGAGAAGGUUCUUGCCAAUGUCUAG